UUUGCACAUCCGAGCUAAUUGCAACCAUUUGCUGACAAGUUGGUCAUUAGUCUCAACAUUCCCUGCAGAGGACGAGGUGCUGCUUGGCUGUUCAAGCUUGAGGGAAUCAAUAUUGUGAUGGGGGAUAACAGUUACAAAACCUUUGAGCUUACUGUCAAGAAAGAAGAACCAACUCUCGUACCUCCUGCAGAAGACACGGACAAGGGCCUCUACUUCCUCUCAAAUCUUGAUCAGAACAUUGCGGUCAGAGUUCGUACCUUGUACUAUUAUAAAUCAGAUAUAAAAGGGAAUAAGGAUGUUGCGGAAAUCAUGAAGAAAGCCUUGUCAAGGGUUCUUGUUCCUUAUUAUCCAAUGGCAGGAAGGUUAAGUAUAAGCACAGAGGGGAAGCUGAUAGUGGAUUGCACAGGAGAUGGAGCUGUGUUUGUGGAAGCGGAAGCUAACUGUGAAAUGGAGGAGAUGGGAGAUAUUACGAAGCCAGAUUCUGUAAUUCUUGCGAAUCUGAUUUAUGAUAUUCCUGGUGCCAAGAACAUACUGGAGAUUCCUCCUUUGGUUGCUCAGGUGACUAGGUUCAGAUGUGGAGGAUUUGUCCUUGGGUUAUGUAUGAACCAUUGUAUGAAUGAUGGGAUUGCUGCCAUGGAAUUUGUGAACUCAUGGGGUGAGACUGCUAGAGGCUUGCCUCUUAAGGUUGCUCCGUUUAUAGACAGAAGCAUACUUGAAGCCCGACACCCACCAAAAUUAGAAUUUCCUCACCAUGAAUUUGCUCAGAUUGAAGAUAUAUCUGAUACCUCAAAACUGUAUGAAGAAGAAGAAAUGGUUUAUAGGUCUUUCUGUUUUGAGCCAGAGAAGCUCGAAAAGCUCAAGAAAAUGGCCAUGGAAGAUGGUAUUCUUGACAAAUGUACUUUAUUUGUAGCACUCUCUGCCUUUGUUUGGAGAGCAAGGACAAGGGCCUUAAGGAUGGUACCAGACCAGAAAACAAAGCUGCUCUUCGCCGUUGAUGGACGAUCAAAAUUUGAGCCACCUAUACCAAAAGGCUACUAUGGAAAUGCAGUUGUGUUGACAAAUGCAUUAUGCAGUACAGGGGAGCUAUUAGAGAAUCCAUUAUCAUUUGCUGCUGGGCUAGUUAAUGAGGCAAUUGACAGGGUUAGUGAUAGUUAUAUGAGAUCAGUCAUAGACUACUUUGAAGUCACAAGAGCUAGGCCUUCUUUGGCAGCAACUCUUUUGAUAACAACAUGGUCUAGGCUUGCCUUCCACACUACUGAUUUCGGUUGGGGAGAGCCUGUGUUUUCGGGGCCUGUGGGUUUGCCUGAGAAGGAAGUCAUCUUGUUCCUUCCUCAUGGGGAAGACCGGAGAAGCAUUAAUGUGUUUUUGGGAAUGCCAGCUUCUGCUAUGAAGGUGUUUGAAAAGCUGAUGCAGAUUUAAAACUUCAAAUGGUUAAGAAGUAGAACCAAUACUUAACCCCAAUUUAUUUCAAACAGUGAAGAAGGAAAUCAUGGGAAUAAAAGUGUACUAGAGCUUGCAGUUCUUAUCUUUCUGUUCUCUUUCAUUUGGAUGUGUAUAUUAUUCAUGCUGAUGAGGGUACGUACUAAUUGUUCUUCCAGCAAUUCAUGAAGAUACUUUGUGGACUUAGUCAGGGAUGUGAUGUUGUAUGCUACUGAUGUAAUUUUGUAUUGAAAUUUAAUAAACAAGUGCUUGUUACA